UUUUUUUUUUUUUUUCACCGUCUAAAACAAGCAAGAGAGAGAAACUGAAAACUGAAUAUUGCUCAAAGGAAGCAGCUCCGUUUCUCUCUCUUUCUUGUUGCAAUGAUUUUCAUCUCCCAACCCAAAUCCAAAUGUCAAGCAUUUGGAAAAGUUGGUUGAUUGCAAGAAAUGAGCAAAGGGAUUGUAAAGGAAGAAGCGGCGUCGUCGUCUGGUGUUGUGUCGGCCGAGAACCGUCCUUUUGGUAGUCUGAGAGGCGUCCAAUGGCGUAUUAAUCUCGGGAUUAUACCUUCUUCUUCAAUUGAUGAUCUACGCAGAGUAACUGCUGAUUCUCGCCGAAGAUAUGCUGGGUUGAGAAGGCAGCUGCUAGUGGAUCCACAUGUUCCCAAGGAUGGAGUAUGUGAUUCCCUUGAUCUUUUCAUGGACAAUCCGCUCUCACAAAACCCAGACAGCAUAUGGGGUCGAUUCUUUCGGAAUGCUGAGCUGGAAAAAAUGGUUGACCAGGAUUUAUCACGAUUAUAUCCAGAACAUGGAAGCUACUUCCAGACUCCUGGAUGCCAGGGAAUGUUGAGACGAAUAUUGUUGCUGUGGUGCCUUAGACACCCAGAGUGUGGUUAUAGACAAGGAAUGCAUGAACUCUUGGCUCCUCUGCUGUAUGUUCUUCAUGUUGACGUUGAGCGUCUUUCAGAAGUGCGAAAGCUUUAUGAAGACCAUUUCAAUGACAAAUUUGAUGGAUUGUCAUUUGAAGAAAAUGAUGUCGCAUAUAAUUUUGAUUUUACGAAGUUUUUAGAUUCCAUGGAAGAUGAGAUUGGAUCUCAAGGUAAUUCAAAGAAAGUUAGGAGCCUUGAUGAGCUUGAUCCUGAGAUACAGGCCAUCGUAUUGCUAAGUGAUGCUUACGGAGCUGAAGGUGAACUUGGUAUUGUCUUGUCUGAGAAAUUCAUGGAACAUGAUGCCUACUGUAUGUUUGAUGCUUUGAUGAGUGGGGUAUGUGGUUCAGUUGCUAUGGCAGAUUUUUUUGCUACGUCUCCUGCAGCUGAGUCCCACAGUGGCUUAUCGCCUGUCAUUGAAGCCUCGGCUGCCUUAUAUCAUUUACUUUCAAUUGUUGAUUCAUCUCUACAUAGCCAUCUUGUUGAGCUCGGUGUUGAACCCCAGUAUUUUGCACUUCGCUGGUUGCGUGUUUUAUUUGGACGGGAGUUUUCACUUCAAGAUCUCUUAGUUGUAUGGGAUGAGAUCUUCAUCGCAGAUAAUAGCCCGCCCAAUAAAGACUCUGAAGAUGAUGAGAUUGCCAGUUUUAGAACACUCAAUUCACACCGCGGAGCAUUAAUCUCUUCUAUGGCAGUCUCUAUGAUACUUUACCUGAGAUCUUCCUUGCUUGCCACUGAAAAUGCAACUUCUUGUCUUCAGAGACUCUUGAAUUUUCCAGAGAAUAUAAAUCUGAAAAAACUUAUAUCAAAGGCUAAGUCACUGCAAAUUCUUGCUUUGGAUUCUAACAUCUCAUCCUUGUCAUCUAAAUUUGGUGGGGCUUACAACCGCAGCAAAUCUUCGGUUAGUGGUCACAAUCUUUCAUCUGAUCCUGUUUUUCCAAAAACUCCUCUAAGCCUGGUGCCUGACAGCUACUGGGAAGAAAAGUGGAGAGUACUGCAUAAGGCAGAGGAACUAAGGCAAAAUAGUUUAGGAACGCAAACUCCGAGCAGGAAAAAGAGAUGGUCAGAAAAAGUAAAGCUGGGCCUAUCUAGAACUGAAUCUGACCCAUCAGCUGCAAAAGCAGAGAAAUGCGAAAAGAACCACAGGUCAUUGGUUAGGCAUUGUUUGCUUGAAGACUUGUCGCAGCAACUUUGUUUGGAGGAAGAUGCUAAAAAAGGAGGCUGUUUUGAUGCUUCUAAUUCAGAGGACCAUCAUUCUAUGGAAGUUCAGGUGGAGGGACAAAAUGGUACAAACAAAGAGUCUAUUUGCACAGCUGAGGAGAGGUGUGAGAGUGGAAGUGGAACUGUUGUCAGUGAUGAAAACUUUAUCUUUUCUGACCCAGCAAGUCCUGACCAUGAAAAUGACACAGAAAAAAGUAGUGUUGCAUCAAAUUUAUCCAUAGAUGAAAAUGAUGAUCACCAGCAAGGUUACCCAGAAGUUUCACCUCUGCCUGUUUCCCUUGCUCCUGAUGACAUCUCUCUAAAAUCUCUGCAUAAGAAUGAAUCUUCAGGGAAGAUUGUCUCAGCUACAAAGGAGCGAAGGCAUCUUUUAGGUAAAUUCCAGUGGUUUUGGAAGUUUGGGCAAUACGUCAGUGAGGAGACAUCUGAUAAAGGAGGUAACCAAGACGCUACAAAUUCUCCAAAUUGCAAUAGCAAGAGCAGUACAACAGACUCAUCUACUGAUGGUGCUUCUCAUAGUUUGUCUUCCACCAACAAAGGAGAUGCUGUGGACCAGAAUAUGAUGGGCACAUUGAAGAAUCUUGGGCAGUCUAUGCUUGAACACAUUCAGGUUCUUGAGUCAGUUUUCCUGCAAGAUGGAGGUCAGGUGGGAUCGUUAGACAACUUCUCUAAAAACAUUCUAGUUGGCAAAGGACAAGUUACAGCAAUGACAGCUCUCAAGGAGCUUCGGAAGGUCAGCAACCUUCUAUCAGAGAUGUGAGAUUUAUUCUAUUUAUUAAAUCCUGUAUGUACUUUUUUGUACUUACCAUUUUUUUAGUGCAAAUAAAACAGUAUUAUUGGUUUCUUUACUCUGUAUAUUGUCUCAUAAUCUAAAUCUUGUCUGUGUCUGAGAUCAUAAG